CGGCGCCCUCGCGGAGUUCUCACCUGGAGGGACAGGUGUGCGCAUCUCGCAUCGGAGGCCAGCCCACGAGUGUCAGGAGUGAACCAUGGAGCUACGUGUGGGGAACAAGUACCGCCUGGGCCGGAAGAUCGGGAGCGGGUCCUUCGGAGACAUCUACCUAGGUGCCAAUAUCGCCUCUGGUGAAGAAGUUGCCAUCAAGCUGGAGUGUGUGAAGACGAAGCACCCCCAGCUGCACAUCGAGAGCAAAUUCUACAAGAUGAUGCAGGGGGGAGUGGGGAUCCCAUCCAUCAAGUGGUGUGGGGCCGAGGGGGACUACAACGUGAUGGUCAUGGAGCUGCUGGGGCCCAGCCUCGAGGACCUCUUCAACUUCUGCUCCCGCAAGUUCAGCCUCAAGACUGUGCUGCUCCUGGCCGACCAGAUGAUCAGCCGCAUUGAGUACAUCCACUCCAAGAACUUCAUCCACCGGGACGUCAAGCCCGACAACUUCCUCAUGGGGCUGGGGAAGAAGGGCAACUUGGUGUACAUCAUUGACUUCGGCCUGGCCAAGAAGUACCGGGACGCCCGCACCCACCAGCACAUCCCCUACCGGGAAAACAAGAACUUGACUGGCACUGCCCGCUACGCCUCCAUCAACACCCACCUGGGCAUCGAGCAAAGCCGUCGAGACGACCUGGAGAGUCUGGGCUACGUUCUCAUGUACUUCAACCUGGGCUCCCUGCCCUGGCAGGGCCUCAAAGCGGCCACCAAGCGCCAGAAAUACGAGCGGAUCAGCGAGAAGAAGAUGUCGACGCCCAUCGAGGUCCUCUGCAAAGGCUACCCCUCCGAGUUCUCCACAUACCUCAACUUCUGCCGUUCACUGCGGUUCGACGACAAGCCCGACUACUCCUACCUGCGCCAGCUCUUCCGCAACCUCUUCCACCGGCAGGGCUUCUCCUACGACUACGUCUUCGACUGGAACAUGCUCAAAUUCGUGAGUCUCCUGAAGGCCGAGGCGGGCUUGGGGGACUGGACCGGGAAGGCCAACGUGACCCUGUGGUGGGCGGGGCUCCCGGAAGCCGGGUGCUACGAGCUGGACGGCGCACGUGACCCCCACACCAGCCUCAUCCGUGCGGACGGCCUGCGCCGCCGCGAUCAGCCGGGCCCAGGUGGGGCGCUGCCUCCCACUGGACCCAAGAGGGCCCGCCUGGGCCUCCCCUCCGUCCUGGGCGCCUGGGUGAGCCGGGCCCGGAUGGCACUGGUGGGCCCCCCCGCUGUCUUGAUCCUGGCCUGCAGCGUCUUGCUCUUGGUGCCCUGCACGUGCCAGCUGGUGGCCUUCGCUGAGUCCCCCUUGGCCAGCCUGGACCCCUUCAUUGUGGCUUCCUUCUCCCUGGUUGUGGCACCCUGGGUCUUGCUAGGCACCUCUCUUCUCUCUCUCUCUCUUAAGAGUCGUGGGGGUGGGGUGGGAAGUGUUCGUCCGCUGGGCCUGGGACUCCGGAAUCUGUGACAUCCUGUGUCUUGUUUCACGUCUCUUCUGGAGAAGGGGGCUUCCUCGAGCCAGGCUCAGCCCCGCGACAGCGAAGCUGUUGCACUGCCCAGCCCCCGCCCCUGUCCCUGUGUCAGGCCGGCGAACCCACCCAUGUACUGGUAAGCGCCUCCAGGCUCUGACUUCUCCGAUACUUCCCGCCUGGUGGGUGGGGGAGCCCAAGAGGCUCAGCCUCCGCUGUGCUCUCUCUGUCCCUUCCAGGUGCCCGGCGCCCCUGGGCACCCAGGGCCCUCCACAUAGGCCCGUGGAGGAGGUGGAGGAGCUGCCCCCCCAAAACUACUGGCCUGUGGUCUGGACUGCAGGGCCCCAGUUCUGACAUCACCAGGUGUCCCCAAGCCCAUCGGGGCCAGGCCUGAGGAGACAUCCCUUGACGUGGUGGGGGUACACUGGAGAGGGCGUGGCAGAGAAGGCCCUGCUGUGAGAUUCUUGGGGACGAAUCAGCGGCCUGAUGAACAGAGCCUGAAGGAGAUCCAAUGUUCCUUGCCCAGAAGGGCCUGGUGGCAGUGGACCCCAGGAACAGCCUUGGCCAGAGCCCGCCAGCAGCCUCUGUAUUGAACCUGAACCCAUUAAACGCCCCUUCCUGGACCGCGUGUCCUCUUGACUGCCUCUUUUCUUGGUGGGCACCCUCCUGCCGGAUACUCAGGACUGAAGCCUUGUUCUCCAGGACCCUGGGAUCGGCGCUUGGUCACUGAUUGGCGCUCUUUCUGACUCUCAGACAGCGGCCUAAGAAGCAAGGCAGAGGUUGGGCGGAGGAUGAAAGUGUCCUACAGGCUGGAGGACCCCAGGGGUGGGAGAUGGGCAGUGGCACCCAUCACCACAGAUCUUCUGGCUGGGAGCACAGCUCUCGCCCCAGGGUGCUGUUUAGGGUGCUAUGCACACCCUCUCACCUGUGUACAGAGGCAUUCAUGAGUCUGGUUCGGGGCCGAGUUUGGCCCUUCUUCUCGGUACAGCUCCGAGAGUGGAUUUUGCAAAGUCUGGGCCUGUGCCUGCCAAUGUGGUAGCCACUGGCUACGUGUGGCUGAUUUUUCAUUAAAGUUAAUUAAAGCUGAAAACAUACUUCUUCUGUUGCGUUUGCCAUAUUUAAAGUUUUCAGGAGCCACAGGUGGCCAGCUAGUGGCUGCCACACCCGUCAAGGUGGAUAUGAACACGUCCAUCAUUGCAGAAAGUCCAGGGGCACCUGCAGCUUCAGACGGCUCCCCACAGAGCCUCUCAUGGGACCAUCCAGCCCACAAGAUCUCGCCUCAAACCAGGCCAGGAGCACUCUCUCCACCCAUUGCUGGCACCCUAACCCCUUCCUGGAGUUCCCGUCGAGGCAGGCCCUGGAGCCAAAAGCUGAGCAGAGGUACCAACCUCCCGCACUGAUCUCUGACUUGAGGGCCAUCGGACUGGAUAACUGGGCACCUUUGACCCUGUCCCCGCUAUGGUGAGCUUGACCGCCUCCAGCUGCCCCUGGCAGAAGUAUCUGUGGACACGCCCUGGGGACCUUCCACGUUUUCACUGGAGACCAAGCUCCUCCCACUUCACCCCUCCUGCCCUGCCUGCAAGAAGCCUUCAUCAGCACCUGCCAGCAGACCGGACACCAUGCUGGGCACUGAGGGCUGCAGACUCUUCCGUGGGAAGGAUCCUGUCCUUGACUGAGAACUUCCCUCCUUGGAGGGGCCACGCCGUAUCGUUCAGCAUCAGGGCCCCAGAGUCCCCGGGUACCUGGAGCCUGGGAUGCUGCACAGAGCCACUGUAUUCUGAAGUCCAACCAGCCAGCCAGGUGGAAACUCGACACUGCCAACGACAGGGGUCUGCACGACACAGGGGAAGGCUCGUGUGACUUGGACACUGACCUUUUGUGUCUUCUCGUGGGCAAAUAAAAGCCGAGAGACCUCCCU